CUAAGUCACAUCCGCCGCACCCCGCACCUCAAAAUGGCCGACCACAACACUAGAACUAUUGACUUGGGGCUAUUGACUAUUGAUAUUAGCGAAUUUGUUGUCGGAACACCGAUCGUACUCAUGAUGCAAUAAUUCUGGUCAACAGAUAAUUGGUUUUUGAAUAUUUUAAGGGACUGGAAGUGAUGGUAGACAUGAAAAGAGCUUGGUGACAGGAGACAGACAGGAUGUGGAAGCUACGACCAACAGAGAGCGGCAGUCUGUGGCUGUGUGGGAUGUGCGGCAUUGAUUUUCCUCGUGAGGACAUCCUCAUUGCUCAUCUAGGUCACUGCCAGCGACACCCAGACCACACCCGCUCUCUGUCCGACAUUGACCCCCGUGCCCAUCGCCCUCUGGCGGACAUUGAUCCCCGGGACAUGCGUUCUGUAGCGGGAGCGGGAGAUCUCGACCUUGCUCCACCUGGGGUGGUGGACUAUGCGUGGCCUCCAGUGGUGGACUCCCGGGCUCAUCCUGCACUGCACUAUGGCCAGGAUCACAGGGAUGGGUUUGGUCGGAUGGCUCAUGCCCAAGCAAGCCUAGCUGAAGAUUAUACCUCACGCUUCGGGCAGCGCUACGCAUCGUCUUAUGACAGGAACUGCAAUCUACCUGCUGCACACAGCCUGGCACAGCCUGCUGAUGGUGUUUAUUCACAUCCUGGCGACUAUGUUGAUGCAGCUUCCACACCCCAGCGAGCUCACGGGCAUCAUACUGAGGGUGCUCCCAAUCUGGCCACGGACAUGAGAGGUGGCACGACCCGUGGGCUCUCAGACACCCUCCCAGGCGACAGUCUAGGCCACAGUCGUCAACGGGAUCUGGAUAGCAGCUCGUGGGACAUCAACCCUGCCCCAUCUCGCCACACAAACACAACAUCACAUGUACAUGGCAGAUACAAAGACCCGGAAUGUUUCCCUCCGGUAGCUGGAAGGGCUGGCCCUUCACAUCCUGCACAUGAGUUUGAACCCACUUCUGUUCGUGCCUACGAAACCUCUCACUCCGAAAUGGCUACGCGUGAUGCAACAGCACUCUCUGCUUAUGAUGAAACACAAAACUCUUCAGGUCCUGAUAUUCCUAACUGUGAUACAACACAGGGUGUGACACGUUCUGACCUCCUUGCUGACAGCACGACUCACACCCCGACACGUCAUGACCACUCUGCUUAUGAUGAAACACACGACACAACAAGCACUGACCUCCCUGCCCUCGACACACCGCGCUGUGAUCUCCCUGUCUAUGAAACAACACGCAGCACAACACAUGGCACUACACCCACUGACCUCUCAGCCAAUGACAAGCGACCAGACUCACCUCCACACCCAAGGACUCCUGAUGCCACUGACACAAGUGGAGAGGCAAAAGAUGGACAAAUAGUGGAAGCCACAGAGGCGAGUGAGCAUGAUGGUGUUGCUGGUGAAGAACAGACAUCUUCAGCUGUACCAGUCAGCAAGGAGACAGGUGGUGGAUCACCUUCCAUUGAGCUUCGGAAGGCUCAGGAAGACAGCGUCUCGCAAGAAGACAAGCACCCAAUUGUCCUGGUCUAUCAUUGCUGGAUUUGCCAGGAUGAGUUUCUCGACAAGUGGUCCAUUGUCCUUCAUUUAAAAGCUGCCCACCGUGACCGCGUGGAGCUGCGUGGUAUAGAGCUGAAGAUGCGCUCCCCGCUCUGCCUGGACUGUGGUGCCACCGAGCCCUGCGAGCACCGGCCCUUCCCGGAGGAGGACAGCCUGGACUGGGACGAUGUCAACAUGGGUGACGGCGCUGUCCCAGCAGAGGAAGACUUGGCCUGGCCGUGUGCUAGCUGCUCACAGAGUUUCCUCAGCCAGAAGCUGCUCCAGAAGCACCGAGCCGAGCAACACGAGGGCGGCAAGAACUUCCAGUGUUCUUUCUGUCCCAGCAAGUUUGUCAGCCACAGCCAUCUGGUGGCUCACGCUCGUAUUCACACAGGAUUCCGGCCCCACCCCUGUAGUGUGUGCGGCAACCGCUUUGCUCGACGCAGUGACCUGGAAAGGCACAGUCGCACUCAUACAGGUGAGAAACCGUUCCGAUGCGUGGAGUGUGGCCGCACUUUCAGCCAGAGGACUAGCCUGGAGAAACACGCCCGUAUCCACGCGCGUCGGAGCGGCGCUCUGGCCUGUGAGCAGUGCGGCCUGGUGGUGCACUCGUCCGCCGAGCUGGCGCAGCACUCGGCCACAGAGCACAGCGAGAGGAAGUUCACCUGCAACACUUGUGGCAAGACCUUCUCAGCCCAGCACUACCUGCAGCUACACACAAGAACCCACACGAUGGCAAAAACCUAUGCCUGCAGUUUCUGCCCUAAAAAGUUUUCCUUCCAUGCUCUACUGGUCAAACACGAGGACCGGGUACACAAGAACCAGGCAGACAUCAAGUGUGAACAGUGUGGGCGAACCUUCAAGAGGCGGGAAAACCUCAACCGUCACAUGCGCUCCCACACGGGCGAGAAAAGCUUCCAGUGCCCGGCAUGUGGCCAGGCAUUCACGGAGAAGGGCUCGAUGAAGCGCCACUAUCAGUCGCAGCAUGAACAAAUCAAGCCCCACGACUGCCCCGCCUGUGAGAAAAGUUUCUCCCGCAAGUUCCUGCUGAGCAAGCACCUGCAGCGCUACCACCCGGAGAUGAGCUCGGGGCGUGUGGAGGAGGCCGAGCCUUCGGGGCCUGUCUCGCAAGUUGGGUUUUAAGUGGGCUCUUUGUGUGUGUGUGUGUGUACCUAUAUGUGCACUGUGUGUUAGUGUGCCUGAGUAUCUGUGUGUGUAUGUUUGUGUUUAUUUGUGUGUGUGUCUGUCACAGAGUAGCUGUUCAAACCGUUGUUGUGGGUGGUUGGCAGGUGCUCUGGUGUGGUUUGCUCCUUCUUUCCUAUCAAACAUCUGUCGUCCUGAUCUCUCCUCCUUCUUUUUUAUGUUGUUACUCUCUUGUAACACCUCUAAUCUUUGGCACUUAUAUGACCUUAUCGUGUUGCAAGUGCCGUAAAACACUUAUUAAAAAAUAAAACUGUCGUUUGAAUCCUUAGUUUGCAACCUUAGGGCAGACAAAUAUGUGGGCAAGUCUUACAAGUCUAACGUCUAACAUGGCUCCAACUAAACGAAUAGAAUGUACAGUUUUAAUUAAAAACUAAGAACUUUAUUGGGACUCGUGGAGUGGGGGGCUCUAAUAAAAAAAGAAAGGUUGUGCAAAGAAGAAAUAGGACUGAGUAAAAGCGUUAAAACUUAGCUGGACAAGAAAUAAAUGCGAACGCACUCGAUUACCGAUUAUAGCUUGCGUGUAUCCAAGAUGGUUUUCCUCUGUGGCGAGAAGCAAUAACAAGAACAAUAUUUCUAAUACUACCAAUAUUAAAUCAAGCUGCUGUAGUACCUGUCACACGUUGUAGGUUCUAGUAACUGGUAGGGUACCCUUACGUUAAACUAAUAAAGACUGACACUGCUUUUUAUUAAACAAAAGAACAAUUGACGUGCACUCUGCAAGGUUUCUGGGCUGUGACACACACACAGAGUAGAUUCCAACAGUAGAAUGGCGUAGUAGAUCUUUUUUAAUGAUAGUACUUGCACAGGUCAGGAUUCAUUGUAUUGUUCAUUACUCUGGAGGUCACUGGGUUUAAAGUUCAAAUUGUUGUUCAUUACUCUUCCCCUUUUCUGACUAUGGUAGACUACUUUGCCCUGUCUUAAAAAUUGUGCAUCAUUCUGCUCUGCAGAAGCUGUAACUCUACUUUUGCCUCUCUAUCGUCUGUUCUCUCACUCUCUGUGUCUGCGUAUGUACUCUCUACCCUGCUUCGGUCCUUGUCUUUCAAACCCCCUGUACUUACUUGAGAACCUUUAAUCUCCUCUCUCUCUGGGAUUUGCCCUCUCUAGUCACAGGGAUUGUUUUCUUGCUCUUCUUUUUUUUUUUUACUUUUUCUUUUUCUGCUUACCUGCUCCUCGGUCUGGCUCUCACCUUCUUCCGACAAUGUGCCACUGACACUACCGCUUGAUGAGUCAGGCUCAUUGGUCUCAUCGUCCGUGUCACCUUCCUGUCUGUCACUGUCCACAGACUUGUGCUCCGCCUCACCAGUAUGGGUGAGGUACUGUAUGGAGGUUUGCAUUUUAGUAGUUGCUGGUGCCAAAAGGGGUGGCGGUUUUGAGGCACUUCUCUUCGCCACGUCUAUGGUCUUCCUGAAAACAAUCUAGAUAUUUUUCAGGGUUAGUGCAUGAUUUCGCCCUGUGCCCUGAUCUCCCUGUUAAAAAAUUGGGCCUUAAAAGGACCCAUUUCAACGAUUUUUGGGAGCAGUUUCCCCAGCAAGUAUAGCCUAUAUAGAAACCUGCGCCCAGUCACCCAGCUGGUUAGCUAACUGUCUAGGUCUCUUGUGUAUUCCAUUAGGAUGAGAGAACAGGUGACCAUACCCAUUGCUUCUAGGCUCUUCUUGAUUUCGUCGUUGCUGUAGCUGAUGUGGAUGCCAUCUAUUGUCAAUCUUGUAGAAGGUAUCUCCUUCCUGUCUGGCCCUCUCAUGGCAAAGGGAUUCUCUGAGAAAACAGAAACCUGGGUGCCUUUUAGACUGAUGCUAGAGGCUAACAUCUUUGCUCUCGCAUUGUCAUCAGCUGCAUGAACCAUCCAGGUAUCUCCCAUAUUUUGUGCGCCCACCAUGGACUUGGGACCUGCUACCCUCUCACCUGCUGAACAGAUAAGGAAUGUCGUGGUCUCCCUGGGACGAUCGGCUGACCUGAGGAAUAUGGGCUUUGAGAAAGACAUAGGAGGGAGAACGAGAGAGAGAGUAAAUACAGCUAUCCAAGCUCCACGAGUACAAAAAGAAAACAGUAACAAAGACACAACGUGGGACAAGACAAGCACGGGAGUGGGGGGUGAACUUUCGUGAGGAUUACAGAAAAAAGAAGAAAAUACAGACAAGAAAAAACAAACGACACCACUCCACUACCAAAAAGAAUAUGCAAAAAGACUCUAAACAACAUAAUUAAACAUUGAAAAUACCCACAGCACCAUAUACCUAAAAGUCGAAUAAACAACACGCAUGCACAUACAAAAAACACAGAAAUGCGUACAGAAACACGCCAGUACAAUAUCAAAAACUCUUGAGCAGAACAACACGCUACUGACCACAGACCAAGUCGAACCGGAAGUCUUGUUCAUUACUCUUGUUGUCAUGGGUCUGUGGACUUCACAGGAGGACUGGAACCGAAAAAACUGGAAACGUGGCCGGUGGGCAGAGAGCACGAUGUUUUAAUCGACUUGAAAAACUGUAGCUGUAACAAACAAUAAUACUUUCAGGAUCCACUGCACAGGUGCUUCAAUAAGCACAAAAUGAUUCACAAAUACUUGAAAACAGACAAACAAACGAAACUGGCGCCCAGUAGGCACAUACUGGAGCAAAACACUGCUCAGCUUAAACCACGGGCCCUAAACUAAAGACGGGAAUAAAAAGAACACGACUGAUCUCUGUGUGGAUCAAACCAAGACUGGCGAGGUUUUAGUGCUCUUAGUCCAUCCCCUCUUCAAGACAAAGAUUCCCACUGUGCUAGGAGUCGCCGCCUCCCACGUUGGUGUAGGGACAAAAGCUCCAUGCUACAAGACGAUCCCUGAGUAGAGAUACGAUCGCCAGUGGUCACGCCUUACUGUCCGUUCCUUCCCCUACUGCAUUAAUCACGUCGGUGCUACAAAGUCAUGUGAGCGCUCAUAUGACCUUAUGCAGUUGCGAGCGCCGUUACUCUUACAUGUACUAAGGUCAUGUGUACCACUCUGCUACAGUGUGUGUUAGUGUUAGUGCAUAACAAUAUGUGUGUGUGAGUGUUCACUUCUUUGUGUGUAUGAGUGUGUGCAUUUGUAUGUUUGUGUAGGGAAAUCUGUGUGUGUGUUCAGGCUGUAAGUUGGUGUGUUUUUCUUUUGCUAAGCUGUGUCCGCAUUCCAGCUGGAGAUGCUUUAAGUAUGAUAUGGUGUACGUUUCUAUAAGUUGAUUUAUUAUUCAUAAAGUGUGUCCGCGAAACCCUCGUUCGCUUUUGAGCCUGGGAGAGGGCAUGUGAGUUAAUUUCUAGAAUUGUCUGCUAGAUUCAAGAGGAUUUAUUCAAUGUCUCCUCUGUCCAUUGUUGUACCAUGUGGUGGUAGUUGUUGCAUGUAGAUUUCUUUCAUCCAGAUACAGGUUGUCAAAAUGAAAAAGUGAUGAAUUUGUAAUUAGUUGUUGUAUUGUGUAGAAACUACCCAAUAAAGUCUAAAUAUGGUGUAUUCA